AUGGACUGGGCGGCCUAUUCCUCGUCCCCCCUUCUUGCGCUUACUGUGGACUUUCGCAAAGCCUACGACCUUGUUGAUAGACCCUUCCUGCUCCAAGCCCUAUCCGUCCUGGGCCUCCCCGCACCAUUCAUCCACUGGGUUCGCCUAAUGCACUCCGGCACGUACACACGUAUCUUGGUCAACAAUAUGCUUGGCCCCAUCUUCCCCGUCCGCACUGGUGUCCGUCAGGGCUGCCCACUGGCUCCCUUACUCUUCGUCUGCAUCAUGGAGAUCUUUCACCGGUACAUGUCCCUCUUCCUCCCCGGCUUUGCCUUGUCCCCCGCACAACGCCGGCUUACGGCGUGCUACGCAGACGACGUCACUCUCUUCCUCACCUCUGAUACAGAGCUCGGGCUUGCUGUAGUGCUGCUCGGCGUCUUUGGAUCGGUCUCCGGAGAGGUUCCUAACUGGAGCAAUUGCUUCAUAAUCCCAUUCAAUAUCCCCCCUUCUGAUCUCUUACACGCCGGGAGCAUACCUAUCCGAGCUCCCAAUGAGGCAGAACGCAUCAUUGGAAUCUACGUCGAAUGCCUACACCCAGGCUCCACCACGUGGAAUAAGGCACUUGCCCGCAUACAGAGCACCGCCAAGAUUCUGGCCGCUUUACACGCAACUGUCAUGUGCCGCAAAUCACUUUCCUCGAUCUUCCUAAUCUCUGUCAUCUCCUUUUCCGGUCGCUUUCAACCCGCCCCACCAGACACAAUCAAAUGCCUAGACGUGUCAGUCGGGAACUUCCUUUCAUCCUCAAAACACAAACAAGACGGCCUUGCACAACGACUCAUUUCUAAAGCCCUCCUGUAUAACUCCCCCCAAGACAGCGGGGUCGGGGCGAUUGCCCCAUCCACACAAGUCAAAGCUCUUGCUAUUCAGUGCGCUCUGCGCAGAUUCGGACCUACCCCCUCUGAGGAAGUAGCACGUACCCUGACCCCUUUCCCCUUCGGGCUACACGGUUUCCUCUCCCAUGAAGCCAUCCUCAAAUGGGACUAUCUUCCCACUUUCAUUCCCCCUCGGGCGCUAGACGAACUAAAUGCCCUCCCCUCUCUCCCCCUGGUCAUCCUUGUCCCACCCUUACACAUGCAAUGCAUUCUCACCGAACCUCUCGCCUUCAACCGCUCCCUUCUCAAACCUGAUAACCGGCCUUUUGGCACCCGCCAACACGAGCGGUUCCUGCUUACAAGGCAGCUCCGCAUCGGUCACAUAGUCCGAAUCACCAAUUUUGGCGUCGGCCCCAUCUCUGCACAAGAGUUUUGUUCCCAACUCCCGGAGGAGUUCCAUGACGACGCAACUCGCGUCCUCCUAGAUCCCAUCAAGGCUAUCAAACGUCCCUGGUGGGCCGCCCUCCAAACCCCUUACGCCUCCUCUGCCUCCCCAGGAGACUGGUUCAUGCUUUCGGACGACCACUAUUCCAUCUCUCAUCUUGUCGUCCAUGUUGUCGCCUACAUCCCCCCCUCCUCCGUCUCGGCUGUCCACCUCGUAUCGCCAAACCAUCGCAUCACCCGCACCCCGGCAAAUAUCGGACUUUUCCGCUUACAGGACCUCAUAGAGGUGCACGUCAGAGAUUGGUGGCUCGCAGAGCCACUUCACACAGGGGCAGGGUUAGGAGCUAGGAUAGAUCUUCUACGGGACGGCACCCCCAGCCUCGCCGACAUCCGCCGUCUCCUUUACUCAGCACAACUGCUUACUCAUCACAGCCAAUGGACCCGCGGCCUCACCCUUCCUCCUCCUCCCCUCCCCGGCCUUAAGGACUCAUUUCUCAAAGACCAGCCGAGCCGCCAACGUGACAUCCUUUUUAGACUCUACACGCUCACCCUUCCCUCUGGAUCACGCUUCCAAUACUUCGACGAUCGAGGGGUUUUCCCCCGGUGCCUAGCUGCCGUCGUUGAGACACUGCCGGACAUCUACCCCCACCGAACACAUCUUCUUCCCGAUACAGUCACGGGUGGGACAAUCCCCCCCAUGGAGCCUACUAGUGGGACCUGCAGUUAA